UUACAUCCUACAGCAUGGAGGCAGUGCUACGUUCUACAUUCAGUCGAAAUUUUUUGCCCCAUGUACGGAUUUUAGAGGGAAAGUAUGUACAAGGUUUCUUCAGUCAGAUCGGAAGAACAAAAUUUACCUCUUCCCAGAGUCUAAAUCAGGAAUCUGUGGUCGCCAGAGACGACAUUACUGUGAAACAUGACAGCUCAGGGAACAACCGUUUCCCUGCUCUUGACUUGUCAUUUAACAACGCUAGAGAGGCUUACAGAAGCAAAUCAACAGCAGAGAUUGCCCGGGCAUUAUUUGUGUUUAACAUGUGUUCUGUACCCUUUCUUGUAAACCAUAACAAAACUGUGUUAAAAUGGAGCAGACGACUGCUGGGAAAGAAACUAUUUUGCAAGAUUAUGAAGGCCUCAUUUUAUGGUCAGUUCGUGGCUGGAGAGGAUCAAGUUGCCAUUCGUCCAUUAGUCAACAACAACCGUAAAUACGGAGUUAAAUCCAUACUGGACUACAGUGUAGAGGAGGAUAUUUCAUCCAAAGAGGCAAAGGAAGCUGAGAUGAAGAGCUGUACUCCCCCUGAUACAGAUCCUCUUGAUGCACAGAAAUUAAAUACAGACACGUCUCCUGAUGUCCAGCGGUUUGUGGCCCAUGAGGAGUUUGGAGACAGACGAGAGGGGGUGGUUAGUGCUAGAACAUAUUUCUAUGAAGAUGAGGCCAAAUGUGAUGAGAACUUGAAGACAUUCAAAGAAUGUAUUGAUGCUGUGGCAGGUGCUGUAACAGAUGGGACAGGAUUCAUUGCUAUUAAAAUGACAGCUUUAGGCAGACCACAGUUUCUAUUACAACUUUCUGAGGUGAUAACAUCAUGGAGAAACUUCUUUGAGAAAUUUGCUCGAGACAAAACCAAAUUUUCUGAAGACGACUUCAAAAUGACACUGGAGGACAUUGGUGUACAGGUGACACGAGAUGAUGGGAAAAGAUGGUUUGCACUUCUGGAUAUCACCGGUGAUGGAGAAGUGGACCUGCUAGACUGGGAUAAUUUACUGGAUAUAAAUACACAGAUGGGAAAGUACAUGGUUGUCCCAAAUGUCAAGACUGGUGAGAUAGAACCUUUGGUUGCUUCACUCCAGAAAGAGGAAGAGGAACAGUUGAAUCAGAUGUUGUUACGACUGAAUGAAAUAGCAGAGUAUGCUAUAAAGAAGAAUGUGCGGGUGAUGGUGGAUGCUGAGCAGACCUACUUUCAGCCCGCUAUCAGUAGGUUAACAAUUGAAAUGAUGAGGAAAUUCAACAAGGAGAAGGCUGUUAUAUUCAACACGUAUCAGUGUUAUCUAAAGUCUGCAUUUACCUCUGUGAAGCUGGACUUGGAUUUAUCAAAUCGUGAAGAUUUCUUUUUUGGAGCAAAAAUUGUACGAGGGGCUUAUAUGGAACAGGAGAGAGAACGGGCAGCAACCAUUGGCUACCAGGACCCUAUCCAGCCAACAUAUAAUGCUACCUCACACAGCUACCAUAGAGUAGUGGAAGAAAUCAUGAACCAGAUCAACCAGAGACCACGAGGGAAGAUAGCUGUCAUGGUGGCUAGUCAUAAUGAAGAGACUGUCAAAGUGACAGUAGAGAAAAUGAAGGAGAAUAGUAUUGGACCACAUGAUAGAUUGAUCUGUUUUGGUCAACUGUUGGGCAUGUGUGAUCACAUCAGCUUCCCACUAGGCCAGGCUGAAUACUCGGUAUACAAGUAUGUCCCUUAUGGGCCAGUAGAGGAAGUUUUGCCUUACCUGUCUAGGAGGGCCAUGGAGAACAGAGGGGUUCUAAAGAAGGUCAAGAAGGAGAAGAGGUUACUCUGGCAGGAAUUAAGACGAAGGAUUAAAGAUGGUGAAAUACGAUACAAUCCAACCAAGGCAACAGCUUAAAAUUAUAGUGACGAGGAAUCCUGAAAUAAACACAACAUUAAUUCUGGAUUUUGGGCUGUAAUGAAUUGGUACUUUAACCAGUGAUUUCUUUAUUAAUGCUUCAUACUCCAUAGUUUGUAUGGAGUUUUAACUUGAAAAGCAUUGAUUCAUUCUCAAUGAAGAUUCAUGAAGACAACCUGUACCAUAAACCGUGUAUAGUAUGGAACUCUGUGCUCAGAAGAAGAAUGUUUCUAUGCAUAAUGAAGUAUAUUUAUAUAUCCAUGUUCCAUCAUUCCAUGCAUAGUAAUAAUUUGGUAUUUGUACCAUUAGGAGGUACAUUUGAAUAUGCAUGUAACAGAUUUAUUUUUGUGGUGCAUUUGGUCUCUUCAUUUUUGUCUCUUUAACCUGAGAUUAUGCUCAGUGAAUUUAUUUUUUAAGCCAUGAGAUAUUUAUUUUAUGUUUGAUAGUUAAAUAUUUUUAUAUCUUUAGAAAGUUGUCAUAUACCACUUUAUAAUGUUGAAUCUCAGUGAAUUUUCCCUCAAUACUCUAGAGAUAAGUAUAGCCAUGCAUAUGUUUGUUAUGUUGCACAUUUUGUUGCUUGAUGAUAGUGUCUCAUAUUAGUAAAGCCGGUAUGAGAUUCUUUUAGCAUGCUUUGGUUAUUACCAGACAUUAAAUACAUAUUUUGAUGUAUUUCUCACUAGAUUGUACAGAGAGAAUUGGGGCUUUAAAGAAGCUUACCAGCCCUACAUUGUAAAUGCCCAGAAUCUAGUGUGACUUCAAAAAUUUUAUUAUCUUCCUCAGUGCAGGCAGUUAUGUAUGUUUAAAGAUGUUUGAUCAAAAAUCCAGAGAUUCCAUUUUAAUGGAUUAAAAAAGCCUAUGGGCAUUAAAAGAUAUUUUAAAAAAGGCUAUUGACUAAAUAUCAGGAAAUAUGAUUUUGGGCAAACUCAUUUUACUUUACUGCGAAAAGACCUUAUUAAGAACUAUUAAGAUUUUUUAUUCAAUUAAUUUGUAAGACUUAAACUGCUACUUAUUUUUGAAUUGUGUAUUUUUUAAAAAACUUUUUAUACCUGAAGCUGCCAUAUCUGUCUAAUACUUACCAACUAUAAUACCAGUAAUACCAAACAUUUAAGUUUUUCCUGCUGUGGCAUACAGGCCUGUUUUUAAGAAAUAAAAUAUAUUCUUUAGAGUUUCAUCAGGAUAUGACAUGAAGUUGGUCACAUGAUCAAAUUCUAUAAUGCCCAAAGGGUAUUAUAUUACAUUUGAAUCUCAUAUUUUAUCACAGUUUAGUUUUUUCUGUAAUUUCUAUCAAAUGUUCAUUCUUUUUUUAUAAUUAUUAUUUUGGAUGUGUUUUAAAUUAUGGGAUUUUUUCAUAAUUUUAGAAAUUUUUUUUCUUUUUUGAUGUUUUCUAGAAUCAUAUGAUUUCAGAAUAUGAAGCCCCACUACAGAUGUAGAUGUCCCUAAGUAAUCAUUGUGCACAUCAUAUAUAUCUUGUGUAAGGUGAAAACUUCAGUACUUUGUAACCAAAUGACUUUUAAGUUGACUGCAUAGGUGUAAGAUUGAAUGUAAUGUUUUCUUCUGAUUAUUCUACCAAAGGUCUAGGUCAAAAGGUAAAGGUAAAUGAAAGGUCUAUGUACAAGUUUUUUUUUUGUCUUUAAAUUUUCAGAUUAAAGGUCAAAAGUAUCGACCUUUAUUAGAAUGAAAUGAAAAGACAAAUUGUCAGAAAAUUCAACACAGACCUCUAAAAACUGAGGUGGGAUCAUGUGCCAUUGAAGAGAAAGCAUCCACUGUCAACUGGUCGCAUCCUCUGUGUAACCUUUGUCUCGAUCGAGUAAAUGGAAAAAUUCCUUGACAAUUCAAUGUGAAAAUAAUGGCCUAACAAUUUGUAUGAAAGACUCAGUCAACAUCUGACCUAAUGACGGAUUGUAUUUGCAAACAAGGUUGUAUCAAACUAGCAUUUGCAAAAUGUUGACAAGAAAUGAGAUUGUUGAUAUUCUUGUAUCAACAACUUAUUUGUCAAUAGCCAGCCUUGUUUUAGAAAUUGUUCAUAAGUAGAACAUGCUCUUGCAUAUCCAAUCAGCUCCACAUGUUGGUGAUAAUAUUAGACUGUAUAAGAGAAGUAAUGGCAUGUCAAGUCAUCGUGUUUAUUAUAAAGUUUAGUUGUUACAUUGCCAUCAAUGUCUUUCUCUAGUAUUAUUUCCAUAUGUGAAACAGACGUGGAAGACUCCCUGUUUCUAAUUUCAAGUCCAGUGGGGUAUAUAUUGAAUAAGCAUAGGAAUGAAAAUAAAUACUGUUAAUUGAUAAAAGGUCAUCGAUAUAUUGUAAUGUCAAGUUCUUUUGUGUUGACUUCAGAGGUGGAAAAUUGUUAAUGUAAGUUUAAUUGUUUAUGUUUGUUAUGAGUCAAUUGAUUGAAAGUCAAAUUGAAAAGUCAAGAUUAUUGAUGUACAUGUAAGCACUCUGUGGGGAUGCUGUACAUAUAUGGCUUUUAAGUUUUCUGUUUAAUAACAUAUAAUGAUACCUUGUUGAAAUGUGUUACAUGGUUUUGUUAAUAAACUUUGGUUCUUUGAA